AUGGCGACCAUCACGAAUGUCAUUCAGCUGGUGAACAAGCUGCAGUCGCUGUCGGCACCCAUCUUCCAGGCAAGCGGCAGCAGCAAUGCGGACCUGCCGAACCUCUGGAGCAUGCUCCCCAAGAUCAUCGUCAUCGGAGGACAGUCCUCCGGGAAGUCGUCUGUGCUAGAGGCGAUCGUGGGGCGCGAGUGUCUGCCGCGGGGCACCGGCAUCGUCACGAAACGGCCCCUCGUUUUGAAGCUCGAGCACAUCGGCGAGAGCGACGCGCAGGAGUGGUGCGAGUUUCUGCACUUGCCGGGCAAGAAGUUCACGGAUUUCGAGGAAGUCCGGAAGGAGAUCCGCGACGACACGGAGCGGCUGCUGCGGCGCAUACACAAGGACGUGUCGCCCGAGACCAUCCAGCUGACCAUCCACAGCCCGCACGUCCCGAACCUGACGCUGGUCGACAUGCCCGGGCUCACCAAGGUCGCCAUGGACGGCCAGCCCGCCUCGAUCGUCGACGAGAUCAAGGAUAUGGUCCGUUCCUUCAUCGAGGACGAAAACUCCGUCAUCCUCGCGGUGUCGCCCGCCAACGCCGACAUGGCGACGAGCGACGCGAUCAACAUGGCGCGGAGUGUGGACCCGCAGGGGUUGCGCACGAUCGGCGUGCUGACGAAGAUCGACAUCAUGGACCGCGGGACGAGCGCGCGCGACGUGCUGCGCGGGGGCCACAUCAAGCUGCGCCACGGCUGGGUCGGCGUGGUGAACCGCGGGCAGGCGGACAUCGACAGCCGCGUGCCCAUGGCCGACAUCCGCGCGCGCGAACUGGAGUUCUUCCGCACGCACGCCGAGUACAAGGACCUCGCGAACGUCGGGACGGGUCGUCUGGCGGAGAAGCUGUCGGUGCACCUGCGGGAGUGCAUCGAGCGGCAGGUGCCGCGCAUCGCGACGCAGCUGCGCGAGGGCAUCGGGCGCCUGAAGACCGAGCUGGAGGGUCUCGGCGGUGAGGACCUACAGAGCGCGGGGGCGAUGCGGCAGAUGGUCGGGCAGCAGCUCGCGGCGUUCCAGGACGCGUUCAAGCGCAUCGCGAAGCGCGGGCACGGCGGCGGGGAGAAGAUCCUGCACGAGGUGUUCCUGCGUCAGUUCGUGACGGAUCUGCAGGAGGUGGAUUUCGCGGAGCUGUGCGCGCCGGAGAGCGUCGCGCGGGUGGUGAAGCUCGCGGACGGCCUCGAGGCGCACCUGCUGGCGUCGGAGCGAGGGUGCAGGGAGCUGGUGAAGCAGGCCGUGGCGCUGCUGGAGCCCCCCGCGCUGCGGUGCGUCGACGCCGUGCACGCGCACCUCGAGGACUUCCUCGAGCGCGCCAUGAGCGAGACGGACGACGGCCCCCUGCGCCGCUUCCCGAACCUGCGCCGAGACAUCGUCGACGAGGCCUCGCGCUUCCUCAACGAGAAGCUGCGCAAGAGCCGCGAGUUCGUGCGGACGCUGAUCGCGAUGGAGGGGGACUUUCCGCACCCGAAGCUCUUCCACGAGCUGCAGCACAACGACGCGCUCGACAUCCGCGACCAGCGCGGGCACCGCUUCGAGUACAACAAGGACGCCCCCGGGGACCUCUCGCCCGAGCUGCGCGAGGCCUUCCGCCUGGGCCGCGUCGUGCACGCGUACAUGCUCACCGUGUGCAACCAGCUGCGCGAACAGGUCCCCAAGGCCGUCGUCUUCCACCAGAUCAAGAGCGCCCAGAAGGACCUCGUCUCGGCCCUCAACAGGGACGCGUCAGACAUGAGCGACGCGGAGCUGCGCGACGUGCUGGCUGAGGACGAGUGGACGGUGCGGCGCCGGCAGGACGUGAGGGAGCGGCUGCGGCUGCUGCAGGCGGCGCAGGAGGAGAUCGCGGCGUUCAGGCGCCAGGCGGCCGCGCGUGGGAAGACCGUGUGA